AUGCCUGUCCAACUGGUUCUUGUCUAUGUCCUCUGCCCAGGGAAGCAGACAGCAAUUGUGAGGUGUGUUAACAGGAAGCAGGGUGAGGAGGUGGAGGACUCUCUGUGUGAUUCAUCCAGCAGGCCGCCAGUAAUGAUCCGUAUCUGUUACCCUGAGCCAUGCCCCCCAAGAUGGGAGGUGACAGCAUGGACCGGCUGCUCUGCGUCCUGCGGUGUCGGCAUACAGACCCGGAGUGUGUUUUGUAUGCGUCUGUUGUCUGUUGACCAGCAGGAUAUUCUGACUGUUUCAGAGGAUGAAUGCAGAGAAUUCAAACCUGCCAUCCUGCAGCCCUGUAACCAGGUGGACUGUCCUCCAGCCUGGGAGACCGAACCUUGGCAGCAGUGCUCCCAGUCCUGUGGUGGGGGUGUCCAGGUGCGGAAGGUCUACUGUAAGCAGCUCCUGUCCACAGGAGCCUACAGGAGACUGGGGGACCGGUCCUGCUGGGGGGCCAAACCUGCCACUAACAGAGGUUGCGGCACCACUGACUGCCUGCCCUACUUGGCAGGAGUGGAAUGGGGAAAGUGCUCGGUGUCCUGUGGUUUGGGGAUCCAGCGUAGGGAGCCAUUGUGUCGUCAGUUGACAGCCAUGGGCCACCAGGUGACCCUGGCCAGGGAGCAGUGCUCAGGGUUACCUUCCCCACCACUUGUACGAACCUGCCGCAUGAUGGCCUGUCCAAAGCACAAGAAAGAGAUGAGACCCAAAGAGACCCAGCAGGUUCCAGUGAACAACAACCAAGUCAGACAGACAGUGAGACGUCCACCUAAGGCCAGAGGCUAUGGAGAUGGGAUUAAACGGUGUCCACAGCUCACAGGUGUGCACCACAUCUACAUCCAGACCCGCAAGGAGAAACGCCUCCACCUGACCAUCGGUGGCCACGCCUACCUCCUACCCAACACCUCCCUGGUCAUCAAAUGCCCCGUCAGAAGGUUCCCCAAAGCCUACAUCCGCUGGCUAAAAGACGGACGUCCCAUCUCCAGCUCCAAACGCCUGGGUAUCAACAACUCAGGCUCUCUGAAGAUCCAAUUUCUGGCUGCAGAGGACAAUGGGGUGUACAAGUGUGUCGCUGGACCCGCCUCAGACAUCUUCACCCUCCAGCUGAUAGGUAGUGACAGCAGGUCCACUGGCAGACCAUCUUCUACUGCCAGUACUAGUCCCAACUGGGUGCUGCCUAGUUGCCAUUGGCACGCCUUAGACAUUUCAUUGCCAUGGGCUAGAAUUGGUUUUUCUCUGCUGCCCCCUGGUGUCCAGGAGGCUUCACUGCAGCCACAGGUGGCAGAGAGGCUGAUUAACAUCACCAUGCAGGCUGAUAGAGGAGAGAUCCAACAGGAGCAGGCCUCAGAGCUCAUCUCCUCACUGCUGACCCACAUGUCUACGACCCAACUCUGGGCCAGGGCUACAGAGAGAGCAGGACAAGAUAAAGACAGACUGCCCAACUGGUCAGAGCGCUCUUCAUUGGAGACAGUUGGGGAUAGACCAGUGAUUACCAGACAGCAGCAGAGCCUUCCUCUGACCUUUCAGAAGAACAUCAACAUCAGCAUUGGACACAGCGCCCUCCUCACCAAUACGACCCGAUCACUGACCAUACUCUGUCCUGCAGAGGGCUUCCCUCCUCCCAAAAUCAGCUGGACCAAAGAUGGAGCUCUGUUGCAGCAGACCAAUAGGGUAUCCUUUGAUAGAUCCAGAGGACUCCACAUCAUUCAGCCCAGAGUCUUUGACAGAGGCCAGUACAAGUGCACAGCUGUCAACCCAUAUGGCUCGGACUCAGAGACAUCUCAUCUUCUGGUGGCAGAGCCACCAGCCAUCUCAGUGGCAUGGAGGAAUGUUUCGGACCAUGGGCUGGUGUUGGGCCAAAGCUUGAGGGCCAAGGUUGGGGGACAAGUCAGUGCUCGCCCAGGUGCCAACCUCACUCUGGACUGCCCCGUCACCGGUUUUCCUCAGCCCACAGUGACAUGGAGCAGAAAGAAUGGAGCUUUGGGUGCUGGUGCUGUCUCCCUGCCCUCUGGCUCACUGUGGAUCAGAAAUGUUUCUCUGCACAACCAAGGCACCUACUCCUGCACUGCCACUAACACCAUAGGAAAGUCCACUGCUUCUUCUGUCCUGCAGGUCUAUGGUCCAUACUCAGCUGGAGGAAGCAGGAUUGUUCAAGUCUCACAAGAGUUGAACAGGAGAAGGGUCCUCAUGGCAUCUCAUCGUGGAACAAGUGUCUAUAUCAAGCCUGGAGACAUUCUACGUAUUGGUUGUCCAGUUGUUCCUGACCACAAACUGCCAGUGCAAUGGGACUACAACAACCAGACCCUAAAGGAGGUUUCAGGUCCAGCCCAGACCCAGGGUGCUGCACAGGGUCUGCACUACAGAAUGCUGGUGGGAGGCCGUGUGCUUGAGGUCAACACACUCCAGGUGAAGUUCUCAGGCCAGUACCGAUGCCAGACCUUCAUCAACAGUACCAGGCAAAUGCUGUCUGCCUGGAUAUACGUUCACACUGAAGAGUUUGGCUGGCGUUUUGGAGACUGGACCACAUGCAGUGCUUCCUGUGGAAACAAGGGGACUUGGCUGCGGAGGGUUCACUGUGUCACUCUGGACGGAAAGGACGUUCAGCCCACCAUGUGUCAGCACAUACCCAAACCCAUCACUGCCCCAGUUCCCUGCAACAGACAGGACUGCCCUCCCAGAUGGUUGGUAUCAGAGUGGUCAAAGUGUUCAGCCUCAUGUGGAGUUGGCUGGAAACAAAGGAAGGUCUCCUGUCAGCAGCUGGAUUCCAGAGGUGCAGUGAAGACUCUGGCUGCAUCUGCCUGUGAGAGGAUGAGCCGGCCCACAGACUCAGAGCAGUGCACCGCCAACAACUGUCCCACCUGGGUAACCAGUCCGUGGGGAAAGUGUUCAGGGAGGUGUUUAAGCCCCACCACCACUGUACAGAAGAGAUCUGUCAUCUGCCAACAUGCCAAUGGCUCCUCUUACACAGACUGUGAUCUCAGGGACAGGCCUGCGUCAAUGCGCAACUGUUCCUCUGACCUGUGUGAUGUCCAGUGGCGUCCUGGUGCUUGGCGAGCAUGCACUGUAGUCUGUGGGAGUGGUUUCCAGUCCCGCAGGUUGGACUGUGUUCACCGCAGGACUGGCAGGACUCUGGCUGACCAGCACUGUGCCUGGCUCCAACGGCCCUCCACCUGGCAGCACUGCAACACCACCACCUGUGGGAGUGAAUGCAAGGACACCACCCAGUACUGCAGUGUGGUGAAGAGACUGAAGCUCUGCUACCUGGAUAUGUACAAACAGAGAUGCUGUGGCUCCUGUUCACAGGAUCCAGACUCCACCUAGUGGCAGUGAGACACUUUGACUACAUGUGAUGAAGGACUGAGCAAAUACUGAAAGGACAUCAUCUAUGAGUGGAUGCUUGAAGAACUGCAUACAUUUAUACUGGACUAUUUGUUCACUUCCUAAAAGGAAUCUGAACAGAGCCUCAAAAGGCUGGAAGGAUGGAGGGGCUUUAUUUUCUGAUUUGGACCCAACCUCCUAACUGAAGAAGUGUUCACUAUGUGGAUCAAAUGGAGUUUUUGGACUUUCCUGAAAAAAUGUAACACUUGGUUUACAGUGACAUCAAUUCAUUACAUUUCUUUUUGGCGUCCCGGUCAAAUUUCUUGUAGAAUGCAUAUCACUGCUCUCCUGUAAAGAACACUUAGACUGAGGUAUUGGUUCCCCAUUGUCCUGUCCUUUGGUAGAUAUAAGAUAUCAGACAUGUCAUCUGCAGAUACAUAAAAACAGAAUUAAACAGAAUUAUUUUAGUUACACUUUACACACACACACACACACACACAUACACACUUUAAACUUUUAUUUAUUUAUUUAUGUAAUUGUUCAAAAGUGUUUUUAUAAAAUUAUUCAUAUAAAAUAUUAAAGCAAAAUACAGUUUAUUAAAACGUGGGUCUAAGUGUUUUAACCAUCAUUUGACACCAGAAGUCAGUCUUGUAAACAGAUUGUACUGUACAAUCCACUUCAUUUGGUAAAACUGAAAGUGGGCCUAUUCAUAAUAAGUGUUCUAUAUUAUUAUUAUUAUUAGUGACAGAAAUUAUGACCAAAAAUACAAAAAUAAGACCCAAGUUGUGGUAAAUGGAAACUCUCCUUUGGCCCAUCCCUGGCUUUCCCUACCUUGGGUUGACUUGGGUUGAGGUAAUGCAUGUGCCAAAGGUGAGGCUUUGUGAAGCCAGAUAAAAAAAAAGUUACCCUGAGUAUAUUAAAUUUGCUUCAUAGCACAGGGCCCUGGUUUGGGUUGGGUAUCCAAGCUGAGACAGUUGGAGUUAGGGCAGGGGUCGGCAACCUGAGGCUCCGGAGCCACAUGAGGCUCUUCAAUCUGUCUGCGGUGGCUCCCUGUUGCUGUGACAACAAAAUUAUACGAAAGGAAACAGUUAUUUCUUUACAUUUUAAUGUUAAUUUAUCAUUGGUGUGGGCCCAAAGCAAUUUGUUUUCUUCAGUUGUAAAAAUGUGUCACUUAUACAUGACAUUAUUAACUCUUUGAUGCACAACAUAUAAACACCCUCUAAUGCACAACAUCGGUCAAAAAUGACCCACAUUGAUUUCCAAUGUUGUUUCAUGCUGGCUGUGUGUUUGAAUAUCUUUUUUUUUUUUAUUAUUAUUACAACAGAUCAUUGUAUCCAUUUUUCAUUUUUAUACUUUAUGAAGAAAAAUAGUUUUUGUAUUAUUACAUCAAGUUUACACACAUGGGUCAAAAAUGACCUUGUGCAUUAGAAAUGUAGUGAAACAAAAAGUGAUACACUAGAUUAACAAUUUGAGUAUAUGUGUAACUAUGUUUGUCUUAUUUUUAAGGUUUAACUUUAAAAGAGUUGUUAGAACCACCAGAUUACAUUGGAAAAUCACAUAAUUUAACAUUUGAGACAUAUUGGAGCCACCAAAUAAUAAUUUCCAUUGGAAAAAACACCAGUUUAACAAAAUAGGAUACUUAAUAUUUGUGUCUUCUUUGUCAGGUUUUAAAUUGGUAACAUAUAAACACCUUCUAAUGCACAACAUGGGUCAAAAAUGACUUUGUGCAUUAGAAGCGUAGUGAUAAAAAAAGGGGUUUUAUUCAAUAAGUAAGAAAUGAAAACAAAAAAUUAGGACGUAUGAUGAUCAAAAACAAGUCAUUUGGAAAACCUGGAAUACUGAAUGAUGAAAUUAAUUCAUCGCAAAGAUAUAUAAUAUAAAAACUUAGUCGGGUCACUUUAGACCCAUGUUGUGCAUCAAAGGGUUAAAAUGUUUUAACAUUUUAGUCAACUAAAAUGCUUACAAAAGUCUACAGCCCAAAGCCUUAAACUACAAAUACUUCGUCUAGUUUUGAGUUGCUGCAUUCUGACAAAAUCAUAUUAAUAAAUGCUCAUUAUGACCUAUUAGUAAUGUUGGUAGGCUAAUUUAGACUUAGUAGGCUGUUUUAUAUUCAUUGUAAAGCUUAAAAUAAGGUUUGUGGCUCGAUUUCGACAUUUUUUUUUUUACUUUUUUGGUCAAUAGUGGCUCUUUUGUUAGUAAAGGUUGCCGACCCCUGGGUUAGGGCAAGCCGAUUGUGGAGGGAUUAAUAGUCAGGGCCAGAAAUAAAGUCCAAGAUCCAAAGAUGUGGGGCUGCUUCAACAUGACAGAAUGCUUCUUGCAUUGGCACUGAACAUGGCACAGAAGAUGUGCUGCAGAAUCAUCCAGUAUGAGAUGAAUUGUGGGGAUGCUGGGACGGUGAAAACCUUAUGUACACAGAAUCAAGCAGUUGAGGUCUUGUGUUUAAUUUAUAACAGCAAUGUCAAGUAAGUAGGUAGGAAGUAUAAAACAGAAAUCUUUAAGGACCAUUCACUUGUGUGAAGGUGCUGAGUUGUGAUUUUAGUCACAUGUCACUGGUGAGAAAAGAGCUGCUGCUGUUAGUGGAGCUCCAGUUGUGAGAACAUGAAUUCAUAUUCAUCAACACCACUCUAUGAUGCUUAACCAUGACAGUACAGAGGGUUUUGUAAAGUAAUUUCUAUAUUUCACAUAAAGAACAGUUCACUCAUAGAGGCAACUGACUCUAGAGUAAAAGGCACCAGCACAACACUGAUUUUGACUGAUGGGUCUAUUCAUGUUAUCUUUGUGUUGGUUAUCAUAGCGAUGUGCUGCAUUGUAAAAUGUCUUGUAUAUACUGUGUUCUAAGUGCAAUAUCCUAUAUUGAGUGUAUGUAGAUUGUGUGCGACUUUUAUUUUCUUACUUAUUCAUGGUUAAGGUGUCUUUUUAAUUCCUCUUGAAGAUCUUAGAGUAUAAAGCACGUGUAUAUGUUGAUUGGGUAGUAUGUUAGCUACUACCCACUUGGAUUUAUUUGCAUGUGUAUAAGCUCAACUCUGAUGUUUCUGAUGUUUCCCCCUGGCUACUGAUCGCUAUACAGUAUAUCUGAUGUGGUGACGUUACACUGCUUGUGACUGAGGAAUAUGAGGUAGUAGAACACAUCAUUUAAGUGCUUUAAUUAACAAGGCAUAAACAAGGCAAGGAAUAAAGACAGUUUGAUCACUUUAUAAA